AUGGCUUGCACAGCGUCAUCCAUGACGGUGGAAUCCUCUCCCGACGCUGUUGCGUCGUCCAGUGCCACCCUUGGCGAAGCCACAGCCCUUCUCCGCGAUCGGCGGCGCCGACAUUCAUUCCAUGCUUCUAGAAAACUUUCGUGCGACUACCAGGAUGCCGAUACAGUCUUCAUCAGGGUUGAACUCUUCCUGGCCGAACUGGAACGUCGCAUGCAAUGGAUCGAGCAAUAUCGCAAGUCGCACAUGGUUCAAAUUGACGCGAGUCUGCGACGGGGAUAUGCAACACUGGAAGCCGUGAGGGACCAAUGCUCGGUCGCCUCAGGCGAGCUCAUGGGGAGUGGGAAGAAGCGGGCCAAGAUUUUGGUGGAGACGCUCGAGGGCCGAUACAAUGAGGCACUGGUUACCAAGGAGACUCUGGAGCAGAAGGCCCAGGCAAGUGUGCGCUUGAUGGAGUCGUUUUUGUCCGAGCUCGAGUCUCGCGCCCAUGCGGUCCGAGACCGGGGAAUCUACGGGACCUUGGAUGAUGGCUGGAAAGCCAUGGAUUCAAAGCUUGUUCAUGCACGGGAAGUGGUCGAUGAGGGAAUGGAGCGCGCUCGACGAGCGCGGGAUGUACUCCGGGAGAGCAUCGACCAGGCUAUUACAUUGGCCCAGGAGAAGCGACUGAUCACCUACUAUGACCUGCCUGACCCGUGGCGAGUCAAUCCGCAUAUCUUGAAGGGCUAUCGCUUCACAACGUCCAAGGUGGAAUGUGUCUCGUCAGUCUUUACCUUCUCGAACGAACUGGUCAACAUCUGGUCCCACAUGAUCGGCCUUUUCAUCAUCCUUUCGAUUGCCUUUUAUUUUUAUCCGCUGAAUCCUAACUUCCACUUGAGCACCAACGCCGAUGUGAUGAUUGCGGCAGUCUUUUUCUUUGCUGCAUGCAAGUGCCUGGUCUGCAGUACCCUCUGGCACACCAUGAAUAGCAUUGCAUCCCAGGAUCUGAUGGAGCGCUUCGCCUGUGUGGACUACACUGGCAUCUCAUUGCUGGUUGCCGCCUCGAUCGUGACUACUGAGUACACCGCUUUCUACUGCGAGCCCGUUUCUCGGUGGAUCUACAUCCUGCUCACCAUGUCUCUGGGUAUUGGUGGCAUUAUUCUUCCAUGGCACCCAACUUUCAAUCGCCAUGACAUGGCCUGGGCCCGGGUGGCCUUCUAUGUGACCCUUGCGCUGACUGGUUUUGCUCCUCUCGCGCAGCUCUCCUACACCCGUGGUUUCGCAUGGUGCUUGUACUUCUAUGCCCCGGUCGUGAAGAGCAUCAUGGUCUACUUUGUCGGUGCUUGCGUCUAUGCCUCUAAAGUCCCUGAGCGUUGGAAGCCGGGCCUAUUUGACUACUUUGGUGGCAGUCACAACAUUUGGCACUUGGCUGUGCUUGGCGGAAUUCUCUUCCACUACUGCGCCAUGCAGGAUCUCUUUGCGAAUGCUUUCCAGCGUGCCAAGGGAGAAUGCCCCAAUCUAACAUCAUAA